AUGCUGCCAAACCUGGAAGAGAAUGUGGUGAGCAGGGUGGCCAACUUGCCUUUGGUCAGAUCUGCCUGUGAUCUGGUUUCCAUGGUCUACAUCUGCACUAAAGAGAGCCACCCCCACAUCAGAUCUCUGUGUGAUGUGGCAGCUAAAGGAGUGAAGACUAUGACUGAAGCUACAAUCAACUGUGCACAGCCAGUUCUGACUAAACUUGAACCUCAGAUUGCAACAGCAAAUGAAUUUGCCUGCAAAGGACUGGAAAAGCUGGAGGAGAAACUGCCAAUCCUUCAACAGCCGACUGAUAAGGUUCUUUUGGAUGCCAAAGAGUUGGUGACAGGUACCAGGGAUGCCAUGAACAGCAAAGUGACUGAGGUGCUGGACAAGACCAUGCAGGCAGCCAAAUCAGCAGUAACCAGCAGCAUGAGCACAGUCAUGGGCUCCAGACUGGGGCUUGUGGCUGUGCAUGGAACAGAAGCUGUGCAGGAGAAAUCAGCAGACCUGGUGGAUCACUCCCUCCCCAUCACAGAUGAUGAACUAGCUAAAUUAGCAGCCUCUGUGAAGGGCUUUGAGGUGGCUUCUGUGGAACAGCAGCAGAAGUACUUUGUGCGUCUGGGGUCUCUGUCCCCUGAACUCCGCCAGUGUGCCUACCUGCAGUCCAUGGGCAAAGUGAGACUGCUUCAUCAGAGCAUGCAGGAGAACCUCUCUCAGAUCCAGCACACCAUUGACCUGAUUCAGAAUGUCAAGCAGAGUGUGGGUAAGAAACUACACAAGGGUCAGCAGAAGCUGCACCAGUUGUGUCUGGAGUGGACUAAGAAGGAGCUUGCAGUAAUUGACAAGGGAUCUGCACAGCCAGAGCAGGUGGAUACCCUGGUUCUGGUCAUGUCUUGGAGAAUCACCCAGCAGCUGCAGACCAUGUGCCUGAACCUAGUCAUUAUCAUCCAAGGCCUUCCUACCAGCAUUCAGGACAAGAUGCAGCAGGCUCAUCACAAUCUGCAAGAGGUCCAUGCUGUCUGCUCCAAGGCCAGCUCCUUCCAGGGCCUGUCCACCAGUAUCCUGACCUGCAGCAAGCAGAAGCUGCUCAGGGCCCAGGAAUAUGUGGUGCAUAAUGCUCCCCUUUCCUGGCUAGUGGGACCCUUUACCUCCUGUGGCAGAACCGCUGCAGAAUUGCAGCACCGGGAAAAUAGCAGGGUUCUCUAAUCUGUCCCUACCCUACAAGCAUCCUUGCCAAAGACAAGCAUUCCUUUUCUAGUCAAAGGCAGCCGAUGGGGAAGAAUAACCUGGUAUCCUAGAGAAUUGCUGCUCUCCUCCAAGAGGAGGUGGAAAGUCCACCUAUCCAAGCCUGCUAGAGAAUCCUAGUGCUAGCAUAAUCUUGCAGGAAAUCAACUGAAGUGGUAUUGAUGAGCUGUGUGGGCUCUGAACUACAUUCCCCACCCACACUUAGGCAACACCAUGGGUUAGAUAAUACCCCUUAAGCUGGAACAUCCCUUAGUGUCAGUCUUGAGACCUUAAGGUGGUUUGCCAUGUGAAUUGUACAUAUCAAACAUGUAGUUCUCAUCGAUCAGUCAUGUAUUGUAUUGCUAUUCACUUAAUUGAAGCUGUGUGGGAA